GUUGAGAAAAACAUCAGUUGAAUCAUUGUGUUUAAAGAUUGGCAACUUCGAUCAGUUUUUUAAAUCAAAUAGUGGUGGAAGACCAAUGGUCAAGUUGCACAAACAAGUAUGUAUUUUCCUGUGGUAUUGUGCAUCAAAGGAACCACUUCGUAGCAUUGCUAAUCGCUUCGAUGUUACCGAGUCAACAGUACUCAGAAUUAUACGUUGAGUAUCGAAGGCAAUUAUGUGUUGUUUGGUCCCAGUUAACAUUGUUUGGCCUUCUGGAAGCUCCAUAAUCGAAGUAGCUAAUGGUUUUAAAUUUCUAAAAGGGAUGGAAGGUGUGAUUGGGGCGAUAGAUGGCACGCACAUUGAGAUAUCAGGCCAAUCAUUUUGUAAUGAGAAUUAUAUCAACAGAAAAGGCUUUUCGUCGAUAAUUCUUCAGGGAGUGUGCGACCAUAACAUGAGAUUUACAGAUUGUUAUACAGGGUGGCCUGGUUCUGUACACGAUGCUAGGGUAUUUGGCAAUAGCGACCUUCUUCAACGCAUCAGUAAUGAUCCACGUACCAUGGUACCCAAUGGCACCUUUAUGGUUGGCGACGCAGCAUACAAGCUGGAAACAUUUAUGAUGACACCUUACAAAUGUAUCAACGCUCUUGAUUCUAUUAAGAAAAAAUAUAAUUACACCCAAUCCGUAACACGCAACAUUAUAGAAAGUGCAUUUGCUUUAUUAAAAUCGCGUUUUCCUUGACUCAAGCUUGUUGAUAUCACCGACGUGAAUAAUAUUUGUUCGCUCAUCAUCGCCAUAUGUUCCAUUCACAACUUCUGUAUUGAUGAAGAUAUUUGAUUUGGGGAAAAAGAAGAAUUUGACUUUUUAAUCGAGGUUGAUGAAGAAGUCAAUAAUUUCAUCUGUUUUGGGUCAUCAUCAAAAGACGCAGAAAGAAAAAGAUCUGACAUUGCAAAAGGACUGUAAUUAAUUAAUCCCAAAUAAAACGGCUAUUUUUAUAGCCACAAAUACAAAAAACAUUAUUUAGGCAUACAACUAAAAAACAAGCAAUUAACAAAGUCAAAAAGUUGUUUAAAGUUUUUCAAUUAGCAUUUUAAAUAAAUCCUUUUUUUCCAGAUGUUGUUCGUCUCGCUUAUUUUCAAGUGCUUUUUCUUUUUCAUCCUUCUUAACUUGGUACGUCUCAAGCCACGUUAAAAUUGAGUUAGUGGAUUUGGUAGCACUUGAAAGGUACUUCCUUUUCCUUUUUUUUUCUUUUCUGACUUCUUCCUCAUCGACUUCAUUUUUUCUUUGAACAUUACCCAUACCCGACGAACUAACGGUGCACAUGGGCUUGACGUUUGGGCGAUAAUCAUAAACAUUUUUUAGUUCCUCAUAAAAUUGGCAACUUUUUUUAUCAUUUCCUGAUUUAUUAUUAUGGUCGACUGUUUUCCUAUAUAUUUUGGUAAUAGUUUUCCAUCUUGAGUUGCAUUGUUGCCAAGAUGGAAAAUUUGUAUACUUUAAUUUUAACAAUUCCUUUUUAACUUCAUGCGCUAUAAUUUGCCAUACUUCUUUUGCUUUAUACUUUAAAUUUUUAAAUUUUUCGACGGAUUUCUCAUAUUCUGCAAUUAGGAUAUUGGUUGCCUCUUGUUUCCAAUAAAUUGGGAUAGGUUCAUCCUCCACUGUUGUACAAGCAUUUGAUAGCACGCUUUGGUCAACUAUUUCACCUGUUUUAUUUUUCUUGUUUUUGUUACUUUUUUUAUCCACCCCGUUUAAUUUAAAAGUCAUUUUUAAUUUUUUUUUCGGUGGAGACGGCGACUGACAUAUGGCGCUGGUAUCUAUCGUAGAUAAUUCUCCUGUUUCAUCAUUUCCUCCCCAUAUAUUCUGUAAAUAAAAACCGUAAUCUUCGCAAGAAGUGUUAAAUGACAUCGCGCUUUCACUUUUAAUCAAGUUGUGUUUACAUUUGAAGCUGUCCUGUUUGUUUAUUUUUCCGUAUAAUUAAGUUCCGUCUCCCGUGGUUUUUUAAUUUAUGUAAAGUAUUCAAAAUGGUUUUUCACUGCAAGAGUUUCACUAGCGAAAAAAUGUGCGCCAAAGAAAUGGGUUUUCGGAGCAAGAAGGCUUUACCGUAGUAAGUCAAAUUAUUAGUUCUGAGUGCUCUAAAUGCUCCAAGUGAACUGCUCCUCGAGGAGUUCAUCCAGAUUCGAUUCUGAAUGCCCCAAAUUACCAAAGAAAUGAUAGUUGGAGCACUUGGAGCAUUCAGAACCGAUUCUUGUGUGCGAAA